GACUCCCAAAUGGGCCAUUUCUCCUUCUCUGUUUCAGUCUGCAGAUCUCUAUCUUAGCUUUUUCCUUGCUCUCUCUCUCUCCCUCUCUCUCCCUCCCAAUCUCUCUCUCUCUCUCCCUCUCCUAACUUUAUAAAAGAGGGUGAUCACGCAGUCUAACUCACAGACACUAUUGCUGCUGCUGCACCGACUUCUGCCAUCAGUAUUGCUGCUACAGACACCAGUGACAGACGGGGCGUUCUUACUCCUAAAGUGACUUGGAAGAUGAGGGCUGCCAUCUCACUGCUGGUGCUGCUGCUCUCCAUGUGUGUAGUCCAGACAGAGAGUCAAGGCACUGACGCCUCUACCCAGCUGGACGUCUCUACUGAGCUGAAGGAACUCAGAGACUUGGUGGUGGAGCUGAAAGGAAGACUUGUGGCCAGUGAUGCAGAUGAUCUGGCAAUGAAACAAAGACUGGCAGCCAGUGAGACUAAGGUGGAGGCUCUGGAGAGGGCGCUACAGGACACCAAAGCAGAAAUGAGGACGGAGGUGGACAAUCUGAAGAAGGAAAAUGCAGCAAUUGAGAAAAAGGUGGAGGCUCUGGAGAAAGAGGUUAGAGCAGCACCCAAGGUGGCCUUCUCAGCAGCUCUGGGGGAAUCUGGACCCGUACUGGCAAAGCGGAAUGAUGACCUGAACUUGGUGUUUAAGAAGGUCAUCACCAACGUAGGAGAUGCCUACAACAGCACGACUGGCUUCUUCACAGCUCCUGUCAGGGGGGUCUACUACAUCAGGUUCACUGUUAUAGAUGAGAUGGACGAGAACCACUACCACAUGUUUAUCAGGCUGUACAAGAACGGACGGUGGCUCCAGCAGCUCUUGGAGUAUGAAUCUAAUAUGGAGGUAGCCUAUCUGUCCAGUGGCCUGGCUCUGCAGCUGGAGCAGGGAGACACAGUAAACAUGGUGCUGCCAGCGGGGCGCAGGGUCAGUGACAGUACUGACGACAGCCGCAGUACCUUCAGUGGCUUCCUGCUCUUCCCUUGCUCUUACGCCCAAUGCCCCAACGCCACUGUGCCCCCGACCACUCACUGGGCUGACCAAUUUGGCUGGGACUAAGACAAAGUUGUGAGACACCCACUAUUGUAUCUAUUGACAUCUAACUAUUGUAUAAAAAGUAAUAAUGAAGGCCCAAUGAGAUUGGGAUAACUGCCCCCUUUGCAACCCAUCUCCCCCCCCCCCAUCUCCCUGGGCCUGGGAUAACUGCCCCCUUUGCCCCCCCCCCCAUCUCCCUGGGCCCGAGAUAACUGACCCCUUUGUCCCCCCCUGUCGGCUUCCCUGAUGACCACUCACUAAUGGUGUUGGUGAUGAUUUGUUGUUUGAGAACACAAGAACGUUGUACAACAUUGUCGUGAUCAAAUAAAUGUUCUCUUUAACUGCAUAUCUGUCGGGUUUUCAUUACACACCAAUAUCAACAAAAAGGGAGGGGAAAUCCUCGAUCCGGACACUUCAGUUGAUUAAAAAAAAGUCCAAGACAAGAAUGAAAAAUGCUUCAUCUUGGUCCAGGCACUUCAGUUGAUUAAAAAAAAGUACAAGGCAACCUUAAAUCAGUUGGCUUAUACAGAGUGAUCGAGAAUAUUUACUCCUUUUCUGUUGGCCAUUUCACCCUCCAAGAGCACCAUACUAGUAGCGCUCUACCCACUCUCCUUCUGACACCAAUAGUAGUGUUGGAGAACUGAUGAUCGUUGUAAAACAUCAAACAUCAAAUAAAUGUCUCUUUAACUCAGAACCUUUUUCAUUCGGGGGGCCACUUCAAAUUCAUCCGAGGGCCAUGAAAGUCCUCCAAGGGCCGCGCUAUGAACACAAAGCAGGAUUUCCUCCUGCACUUUAGGCCAAUAUUGAAGGCAGACACCUUUAAAAGAGACCCUGUUUUCUCUAGGUCCCCUGAAUAUAACUUAAUUGUUUUGGAAAUGUAUUUUCUAAGUUUCCUUUACAAAAUAUGUCACAUCUCAUGUGAAGCAGCACAACAUUAAAACUAUAUCGGGGGCCGGAUGAAAUGGCCUGAAGGGCCACAAACAGCCCUCGAGACAUAGGUU